AUGGAAAUGGAUGACGACUCGGACCCAGAACUGCAAACCGGAACACCGGGCCACCCUAUCAGCAUUUCGAGCGGUUCUCCAUAUCAAGGAUCGCCAUAUCGUGGGCCCGAUUCGUUUGCCGAAAGGUGGAACCAACAUGAAUGGGCAUUUACCCCUUCAUAUCACAACUCUCCUGCUCAACCUCCAUUGGAUGAGCCGCAUCUUCAAGCAGUUUCUCCACCACCUCUUCCUGUUGAGGAGCCACCUCAACAACCACCUCAACCACCUCAUGAGCCGCCGAGGCGGGGGAGGAAUGCACGAAUAUCCGUGCGAGGGGGACCGCGGUUCAGUUCCCCUCAAGGUUCAAGCUCUUACCCUCCUAUCCCCGAGGACCCACAAAUGGGUGGACCCUCACACGCGGUGCCGGAAGACGAUCCUCCGCCGGUUUCUUAUGCACCACCGCCACCGCCAAUGGGUUUCGACAACCUGAUACCAACUUACCCAGGUUCAUCUAGGUAUAACCCAUCUGGAUAUCCAACCACUAUGGAUUAUGGAUAUCAAACCUCUGUGGGUUAUGGAACCCAAGAUCCGUAUCUUACGGCUGCACAGUACAACGCACUCUAUCCUUCUUCUUACCCUCCAGUUUACCCAACUGGAUAUCUGGUGCAGGGGUAUCAAUACCCACCAUAUCAGCAACCUCCUCCUCCCCAACAGGAGCAAACUCGGGAGAUUCUACAGAGGUUGGACAGGGUUGAGCGUAAAGCAGAUGAAACCAACAAAAAGCACAGCAGCUUUCUCAAGGGCCUUGCAAGUCUCAUCAAAGGCAAAAAGAAAUAG